ACAGCAGCAUGAACCUCAAGAAGUACUUCGUUCGGGCGCUGCACCGCCUGCAGAAGGGCCCCGGCUACACCUACAAGGAGCUGCUGGUCUGGUACUGCGACAACACCAACACCCACGGCCCGAAGCGUAUCAUCAAAGAGGGGCCGAAGAAGAAAUUAAUCUGGUUCUUCCUGACGCUGCUCUUUGCAUCUCUGGUCUUCUGGCAGUGGGGUAUCCUCAUCAACACCUACCUCUCCUACAACGUCACGUCAUCUCUCUCCAUUGGCUUUAAGACCAUGAAGUUCCCAGCAGUCACGGUCUGCAACGCCAACCCUUUCAAAUACUCAGAGGUGAAGUAUCUGCUGAAAGACCUGGACAGGCUCAUCGAAGCGGCGCUGGAGAGGAUCCUGCAGCCCAUGCCGUGGAACAGCAGCGAGAGCAGCUCCCCACCACUCAACCUAGAGCUCUGGUACCAGAUACCCCUGGUCCUCAUCGAUGAGCAUGACAAAGACAACCCCGUCAUCCUGGACAUCUUUGAGAUCAACGAAACUGCUGCAGACAACCAAACUGCUGCAGCUGAGACCUCUGCAGAUGACCAAACCACUGUGGGCAACGAGACCUCUGCAGAUGACCAAACCGCUGUGGGCAACCAAACUACUGCUCCACCUGCCCCAGCCAAUGCGACAUCAGAAGAAAAGAAGUACAAGCUGGCGGUGAAGCUG